AUGACUGGAUCCUCAUGCACCAUUAACAGUUACUGGCCCUUUAAAUCAGUAUACUGGUGUGAGUCUGGAUCAGGAGAGUUCAGCAAUGCAGUCAACAUCAGCAUCAAUGAUGAAGAUCUUCUCCUGGUGAGCCCCGUCCAUCCUGUGACUGAAGGAGCUUCUGUCACUCUGAGCUGCAGACUGAGAGGAGAAAACAAACUUUCUAAUGUGACUUUCUAUCAUAAUGACAAACUGAUCCAAAAUGACAGCAGAGGAGAGCUGAAUAUCUCUGCAGUGUCUCAGUCAGAUGAAGGUUUCUACAAGUGUGAACAUUCAGGAGACGUUUCACCUCAGAGCUGGAUGGCUGUUAAAGCUGCAUCCGGACCUGGAAGCUCCACUGGCCUCGUCUUUGGAUCAGUGAUUGGAUUCAUCGUUCUCAUCCUACUGCUGCUGCUGCUCUGUUACUUCAUCAAGUCAAAAUGUCGGGGAUCAGAGCAGCCAGUCGGUCAGGAUGAACAUCUGCAUCAGGUUCACUCCUCUCUCCAACAUGGUCAGUCUUUCACUUUGUCCUGA